GUCGGCCCAAUCAUAAAACGCCUCCAUUUUUUUCUCUCAUCGCCUGGAACGACGAAGUUGCCCUGCCUCCUUUGACCCAACGGUAUUCUCAAACUCUCCCACGAAACACUGACCAAAGAGAGCUGAGAGAAAAUUCAAUUCAUCCGAUCGAAAUCAACCAAAAUUUGAGCUCGACAUUUUCUGCAAUAAAAUUUAAUCAAAUCAAAUUAUCAUGUACAGAGCUGCAUCUUCUCGUCUUCACGCCAUUAACAAGGCUCGUGAAGGUAGCAGGUAUCUUGCAAGAUUUUCCAGUUCAAGUGCUGUAGCUGCUAAAAUAAACUCUUCGGGGGGGUUGUUGAGCUGGAUUUUAGGUGGAAAGUCUAGUAGUCUUCCGCCGCUUGAUUUCCCACUUGAGGGAGUAACAGUGCCCCCACCGUUGCCUGAUUUUGUCGAACCCGCAAAAACCAAGCUAACUACUCUUUCUAAUGGAGUCAAAAUUGCCUCUGAAGCAUCACCUAACCCUGCAGCCUGCAUUGGUCUAUAUAUCGACUCUGGAUCAAUUUAUGAGACACCCUUCUCAAGUGGUGCAACACACCUCUUAGAGCGCAUGGCAUUUAAAACCACCACAAACCGUAGCCACCUCCGCAUUGUGCGUGAAGUAGAGUCCAUUGGAGGCAAUGUGACUGCGUCAGCUUCUCGGGAGCAGAUGGGUUACACUUUUGAUGCUUUGAAGAAUUAUGUCCCUGAAAUGGUUGAACUUCUUGUAGAUUGUGUGAAGAACCCUGCAUUUUUGGAUUGGGAGGUUAAUGAGACGCUUCAGAAGAUGAAGAUUGAGGUCAGUGAAGCUGCGUCCAACAAUCCUCAAGCAUUACUUGUGGAGGCGAUGCAUUCAGUUGGUUAUUCAGGUGCCCUUGCAAAUCCACUAAUGGCCCAAGAAUCAGUUAUGUUCAGAUUGGACAGUUCUGUUUUAGAACAAUUUGUUGCCGAGAAUUAUACUGCUCCUCGUAUGGUGCUUGCUGCUUAUGGAGUUGAGCAUGAAGAUCUAUUAUCAGUUGCAGAGCCUCUUCUGUCAGACUUGCCUCGUGUACCUGGUCCGGAAGAGCCCAAAUCAAUUUAUAUCGGAGGAGAUUAUCGUUGCCAAGCAGGAUCAGGGGUAACACACUUUGCACUUGGUUUCGAACUUCCUGGAGGCUGGAAAAAAGACAAGGAUGCAAUGAUUGUGACUGUUCUUCAGAUGCUUAUGGGAGGUGGUGGAUCCUUUUCGGCUGGUGGACCCGGAAAGGGGAUGUAUUCACGAUUAUACUUAAAUGUCUUAAAUGAGUAUCCACAAAUUCAAUCAUUCUCUGCCUUCAGCACUAUCUACAAUAACUCUGGAAUCUUUGGAAUUCAAGGGACCACUGGCUCUCACUUAGUAUCAAAGGCAAUUGAGAUUGCUGCUCGAGAACUCAUUGCAGUUGCAACACCUGGAAAAGUUACACAGGUGCAGCUGGAUCGUGCUAAAGCGGCAACAAAGUCGGCUAUCCUAAUGAAUUUGGAAUCUCGAAUGGUUGCGUCUGAAGACAUUGGCAGACAGAUUUUGACGUAUGGAGAGAGAAAACCAGUUGAGUAUUUCUUGAAAUCUAUCGAUGAAAUCACUGUGAAGGACAUUGCUUCCGUCUCUCAAAAGCUCUUGUCUUCUCCUCUUACCAUGGCUUCGCACGGCGAUGUUCUUUACGUUCCUAGCUAUGAUGCUGUAAGUGGUGUUUUCCGUUCAACGUAGAUAAGUCCAAGAAACUUGGCCACCCAUCUCUUCCAUUCCUGGAUUAUAGAAUUGAAGAACUUUUUACAGGUAGGACCGUAGGAGGUAUAUUUUGAAAAUAAAAGGAAUUAUAGACAUAAUUUUUGGUGUCCUGCGUACACAGUUUUUUGAGGAGCGAAAUUUCCAUGUAUUUAUUCUGUGCUGGCAGUUUAUCACAGCCCUUGACAAUUGUAGCAGUUGGUGGUUUGAUGUUGUAAUUCUGGAGAGAGCCUUUUCUGUACAAAAUUUUACAUUGUUUUCAAGCAGUUGUUUACAGGGGAAAAAAGUUUAGCACUGAAAUCCCUAUGGAAAUAGAGCGAGUUAGCGUUUGUGCUUGAUAAGUAUUAUACAUUAUCUUGGAAAUGUACGAGUGAUAAUUGUGGUUGGGAAGUUAUGUUGUAUAGAAACUAUUUUUGUUGGAGUUUGCU